GAGGCGUCACCCCGGCAACCGCGGCCUCGUGACGUGUUAUAGCAACCGGGGCAGCGGCGGCGGCUGCGUUAUCUGAGGAGAGAGGAGCGGAGAGCGGUCACCAUGUUCAAGAACACUUUCCAGUCCGGCUUCCUGUCCAUCCUGUACAGCAUCGGCAGCAAGCCGCUCCAGAUCUGGGACAAGAAGGUGAGGAAUGGUCACAUCAAGAGGAUAACGGACAAUGAUAUCCAGUCCCUGGUACUCGAGGUGGAAGGAACGAAUGUCAGCACCACAUAUAUAACCUGUCCGGCAGACCCCAAGAAGACCCUAGGUAUCAAGCUGCCAUUCCUGGUAAUGAUCAUCAAGAAUCUGAAGAAAUAUUUCACCUUUGAGGUUCAGGUUUUGGAUGACAAGAACGUCCGUCGGAGGUUCCGAGCCAGUAACUACCAGAGUACGACGCGGGUGAAGCCAUUUAUCUGCACGAUGCCAAUGAGAUUAGAUGAUGGAUGGAAUCAGAUUCAGUUUAACUUGUCAGAUUUCACCCGCCGGGCGUAUGGAACAAAUUACAUAGAAACCCUACGCGUACAGAUUCAUGCAAAUUGCCGGAUUCGAAGAGUUUAUUUCUCAGACCGCCUGUAUUCAGAGGACGAGCUUCCUGCAGAAUUCAAGCUGUACCUCCCCGUACAGAACAAGGCAAAACAAUGAUCCCGCACCGGUCCAUCUCUGCUCCUGGCAAGGUGUUUUAUACAUGAUGCAUCUGAUUUCUAAGUUAUGAAGCGUUUCUGGCCUGGAAUUUCUCCGCUCUAAUUGUUUUUGUAAUAAAUAUGGUUCUGACUCUU